GAAAAAGCAAAUGAAGACCCAGCCACCCCGAUGAAGAUACUCCGAGCUCCGGUAAAUAUAUUGAUUACGUGAUGGUUGGCUAUGUUUUGUCUCGGGUAGCAUUGCUUUUUUCUUCUUGGGUUUCUACUUAGGUACUUGGUUGCCAAUUGAAGACUCAAGCUACCUACAUACGUAUUUCUAGGCUCAUGGUGACUUAGGAGAUGGAAUUCAUCGAAUUGAAGCCUAUUGCCCCAUGCCCAUAAUCCUCAAUUAUAUAGAUAGAUCCAGAAGGCAAAGUCAAUGCACUUUUGAAGUCACGAUGAUGUCAUCAAAGCCUCAGAUACAAACGCUGAGCGCAUUCUCAGUGGUUUGUGGUUGUUCACAAUUGAAGCGAUGUUCUCUGUUCAUGUUAUCCGAGUAUUUUGAACACAAAUCGACAUAUACUCGAACUAAUCAAGACAAUAUCUAUCGUCCAAACUAAGCUAUGUGAGAAUACCGUGGUCUUAGAAUAACGCAACGGUAUCUAUACGAUUCGAGAUCAAGAAUACGGCAGCAUGGAGCUCCCCGAAUUCUUGACAAGCUUACUUAGCUUCGUACAUUCAUUCCUAAACUAUCUAUUAGGAAAAUGUCAACUAUACGCAAAUGGGCCAUACGGGUGGAAAACACUUGACCGGAAGACCGGCACCCUCACCCGCGAACAACAACCCCUCCUCAAAAAAGCCAAGCUCCUCCUACUCUUCAACCCACUCACCUCAUGGAUCGACACCACACACCUAAUGCGCCUCUGGAUCCACAACAAAUCCAUCCGCGCAGGUGAAGCCGAAAGCACGCCCUCUUCACACGCGCAAAUCCGAUCGUUCGUCGAGACAUACAAUAUCGAUAUGUCGUCCUUCCACCCCUCCGACAUCGAAGCCUACACCACAUUCGAAGAUUUCUUCAUCCGCGCGCAUCGCCCCGGUUCACGACCCACAACAUCCCCCUCGGACCCCACACUCGCUACCGUAGUCGCGGAUUCGCGCGUCGUGACUUACGCAUCGGUAGGCGAGACUAAGAAACUGUGGAUUAAAGGCAGGGACUUCACGAUGACGAACUUGGUCAUGGAUACCCAACUCGGCGCGCGAUUUACCGAUGCGGCGGUCGCUAGUUUUAGGUUGUCGCCGCAGGAUUACCAUCGCUACCAUUCACCAGUCACGGGUACGGUGCGCAUGUUUCGCAGUGUGCCGGGGGAUUACUAUCAAGUUGAUCCCGUGGCGUUGCAGAGCGAUGUUAAUAUCCUUACGUCGAAUGCGAGGAGUUGUGUUGUUAUUGAGACGCGGCAUUUUGGUGAUGUGUUGUUUGUGGCGAUUGGAGCGACGGAUGUUGGGACUGUGCGCAUCAAUGAGAAAUUUCAGAAACCGGGUACCGAAAUCAAAAAGGGGGAUGAGAUUGGGUACUUUCAAUUUGGUGGGUCAUCCAUCAUUGUGGCUUUUCAAAAAGGGGCAAUCAAAUUCGAUCAAGAUCUGCUAGACCUUAGCAGACAAAAGAUACAGGUUUCGGUAGAAGUUGGGAUGAGCUUGGGGAAAGCUAACCCUAUGAACAAGAAAAUCUCUUGAUGAAAAUUGGUAUGACGAAGGCAUGUUGGUUAUGUGGGACAGUCCUUGGUGGGCAUAAUAUGCGGCAAGACCAGAGAAAAAGGGGUAACUCGAUACGAUAUGAAAGGUCUUUAUCAAUGCUUAGAUCUAGAUUCUAGGUGUUGUAACGUUAUUUACAGCUAAUAAGUAACAGCAACGAUAGAUUGAUUGCAAGAAAGGUU